UUCUCUCUCUCUACACUACAAAGCAAGCCGGAGUUGAGCGGAGAAUGCAACUCUGUCUCUUCUCUCUCUCUCUCUCUGAAAAAAAUAAAUGUCUUCAUCUAAAUCUUCUUUAUAACACAUGGUUUAUGCAUGGUUAGUGUAAUCAAACGGAAACCAUUUUCCAUUUACUCAGUCUCUCUCUGUGUGAGGGUCAACAUGCAAAUGCACCGAAAGCCAAGUUGGUAUUUUUACAUUCUUUAAUCAAACUUAAUAGCCAAGGCUUUCAUUGAUUCGGCCGCUUUGAUCGAUACCCAUAUCGAAUAGGAGGAAAGAGUCUGUGAAUCUGUGAGUGUGCUGAAAAAGAAAGGAAAGCAAUGAAGAGCGACGAGCAAGCGCGGUCUUUGUUUGGGAUUUCGCUCUCAGGCAGACCCAAAUGGCAUCAAUUCUUCAUUUGCUCUGGUGGGUUCUUCUUUGGCUAUCUUGUCAAUGGUAUCUGCGAGGAGUAUGUGUACAACAGGCUCCAAUUCAGCUAUGGUUGGUAUUUCACAUUUAUUCAAGGAUUCGUCUACCUGUUUCUGCUUUAUGUCCAAGGCUUCACCCCCAAGCAAAUGGUGAACCCAUGGAAGACAUAUGUGAAGCUCUCUGCUGUCCUUAUGGGUUCCCAUGGACUUACCAAAGGAUCUCUGGCUUUCCUAAACUACCCUGCACAGCUUAUGUUCAAAUCCACAAAGGUUCUGCCGGUGAUGAUAAUGGGCGCAUUCAUACCGGGUCUGCGGCGGAAAUACCCGCCUCACGAAUAUCUGUCUGCGGUACUCUUGGUUGUGGGUUUGAUCCUCUUCACCUUAGCAGAUGCAAAAACUUCCCCCAACUUCAGUGUAAUUGGUGUUGUAAUGGUAUCUGGUGCUCUAGUCAUGGACUCCUUUUUGGGUAAUUUUCAAGAAGCAAUCUUUACCAUAAACCCCGAAACCACGCAGACAGAGAUGCUGUUUUGCUCAACCGUGGUGGGCUUGCCUUUCUUGAUUCCACCCAUGCUUGUAACGGGAGAAUUAUUCAAAGCAUGGAGCUCAUGUUCACAGCAUCCAUACGUUUAUGGCGUGCUAGUGUUUGAAGCCAUGGCCACGUUUAUUGGCCAAGUUUCUGUCCUCUCCCUCAUUGCCCUCUUUGGUGCAGCCACCACCGCCAUGGUGACAACAGCAAGGAAGGCGGUGACAUUAUUACUUUCAUACUUGAUAUUUACAAAGCCAUUGACAGAGCAACAUGGGACUGGGCUUCUGCUGAUAGCCAUGGGAAUCACACUGAAGCUCUUGCCUGAUAAUAAACCCAGCAAGAGGGCCUCCACCUCCUCUGCCAGUGCCAACAUUGCCAAGCCAGCAGCCAGCCGUGAAGAGAGAACUCUGCUAGAAAAUAUAGCAAAAGAUGAAGAAAAGAGGCCACUGGUCUGAAAUUAUCACUCUAUAGAACUACAAUUUAUUCUUUAUAUGCCCCCCCCCCCCCC